AAACAAUGGAGUGUUGAAGACGGGAGUGCGGUCUCGUUCUCCUCCCUUUUUCUCUCUUAAAUCCCCGCCUUUUUUCUCGAGGGAUUUGAGGGCCGUGGGUUCAGUUCAUGGUAAAUCUAGUCAGCUUUGGUGAUGUGUGAGUUGAAGCCGCGAAGAAUUAUCGACUUAUGAGAGUAUCAGAGACAUGCGAAGACACAGAAGAACACAGACACUAAGCAAGGCCUGAAACAAUGUCUAUGAAACUGUCUGCCAGAUCCCAGAGGGGGAACCCCUAUGCCACACUUGAGAAAAUGCAGAAUGGCCAUGCAACUACCGUCUAUUUAGGAGAGGGACCCGGACUCCUCUCAUCUCCGACCCCAAGUUCCGAGGAAACGCAAUCGACCACAAGCCAAGGUGCUGAGGGCAAGGGGGUUCCCAGUGGGAUGUGGGUGAAUGGGCGGGAAGCAAGCGGGCUACCAUGGGAGGAGGUAGCCCGUUUGCUCGUCACAGACACCAACAGUGGCCUGCCCUCCCGAGAGGUCAUGACCCGGAGACAAGUCAUCGGUUACAAUGAAUUCUCGGAGGCUGAAGAUGACCCCUUGUGGAAAAAAUAUCUGGGACAGUUUAAGGAACCUCUAAUCCUCCUGUUGCUGGCUUCAGCCUUUGUCUCUCUGUGUAUGAGCCAGUUUGAUGAUGCAGUUGUUAUUACACUUGCUAUUGUGAUUGUUGCAACAGUUGCUUUCAUUCAAGAACUUAGAACAGAUAAAGCUCUUGAGGAAUUGAAAAAGCAGGUACCCGUCACCUGCAUGUGUCUACGUGAUGGUAAUGUCAAUGAAUAUCAGGCAAGGGAGCUGGUUCCCGGGGACAUUGUCCAUCUUAACAUUGGGGAUCGAGUCCCAGCUGAUUUAAGACUCUUUGAAGCCAAUGAUCUCAGUAUUGAUGAAUCCAGUUUCACAGGAGAAACAGAGCCAGCUGACAAGAAUAAUAAUCUUGUCACCACAAGCACUUAUGGCACCUCUGGAAGCCUAGCCAAUGUUGCGUAUAUGGGGACCUUCGUUCGCACUGGCCGUGGCAAAGGCAUUGUCAUCAGCACUGGAGAAAAGUCCCAGUUUGGUGAGCUGUUCAAAAUGAUGAUGGAAGAGGAGGCUCCUAGAACCCCUCUCCAAAAGAACAUGGAUGAGCUGGCUAAGAAACUCUCCAUAUUCUCCUUCUGUUUCAUUGGGGUUGUGUUUGCUCUUGGAUUGUACCAGGGCAUUCCCAUUCACAAGAUCUUCAAUAUUGCUGUAAGUUUAGCUGUAGCAGCAAUACCAGAGGGCUUGCCCAUAGUUGUGACGAUGACACUGUGUCUAGGAAUUCGUCGUAUGGCCCAGCGCUCAGCUUUAGUAAAAGGCUUACACACAGUGGAAACUCUUGGUUGUGUCACGACAGUUUGUUCUGAUAAAACUGGAACUUUAACAAAGAAUGAGAUGACUGUAACAUCCAUCAUCACGUCAGAGGGCGAUGAAUGCCACGUCACUGGAGUAGGCUAUUCCUCUGACGGUUGCAUUGUGUUUGAAGGAGGCUACUCUGACCUAGCUAAUGAGGCCGUCACGAAGCUUCUCGAAACAGGUGCUGUAUGUAAUAAUGCUGAGAUAGUUGGGGAUCAGCUGCUGGGACAACCCACGGAAGGAGCCAUACUGGCUGCUGCUAUUAAACAUGGCGUGUACAAUGCCCGAGAUAAGUACCAAAGAUUGGAAGAAAUGCCUUUCAGUUCUGAAAACAAGAAAAUGUCCGUCAAAAUCAGGAAUAAAAAAACUGGGGAAGUGGAGUGGCUGGUUAAAGGAAGUGUUGAGGCAGUUCUGGCAUCUUGCACCCAGUAUAACCAGAGCAUGGCUACCCUCCCACUGUCCCAGGAGAAAUGUCAGCAGAUCAUGUCGGCUUGCAUAGAUCGUGGAAGGCAAGGACUUCGAGUUGUUGGGAUUGCACGAGGUCCGUCCACAAGCGAGCUGAGCUACAUGGGAAUGGUUGGCAUAAUGGACCCCCCACGUGAAGGAGCCAGAUCCUCUGUUACUACUCUCCAGUCUACAGGAGUUAGUGUCAAGAUGGUGACUGGUGAUGCACAGGAGACUGCUUGUGCUAUUGCCCAAGCAGUUGGUCUCAGGGUUGGACCUGGUACUGUGUAUUCUGGGGAUCAAGUAGACAGCAUGGAUGAGCGGGUAUUGCUUGGGAUUAUUCAAGAUGCUACUGUGUUCUACAGAGUUUCACCCAGGCAUAAGCUGCGAAUUGUAAAGGCACUUCAGGACAGAGGAGAAAUUGUCAGUAUGACAGGUGAUGGCGUUAACGAUGUGGUAGCCCUAAAGCGUUCUGACAUCGGCAUUGCUAUGGGCAAAAUGGGUUCAGCUGUCAGCAAGGAGGCUGCAGAUAUGAUACUCAAUGACGACAAUUUUACAACCAUUUUGGCAGCCAUUGAGGAAGGCAAGUGCAUCUACCACAACAUCACUAACUUCGUACAGUUCCAAGUGAGCACCAGCCUUGUGGCCCUCAGUCUUAUUGCUCUCUCUACGCUCUUUGGAUUACCCAGCCCUCUCAACCCCAUGCAGAUUUUGCUGAUCAAUGUCAUCAUGGAUGGCCCACCAGCCCUGACUCUUGGCAUGGAGCCUAUAGAUGAAGAUGUGAAAGUCCAGCCUCCCAGAGACACCAAGAAGGACCUCAUAACACCCAAAAUCAUCCGCAAUUGUGUCAUCUCGGCUGCCGUUAUCAUCUGCGGGACUAUGUGGGUCUUUAGGUCUGAAAUGAUGGAUGGUGUGGUGACAGCUCGAGACACAACAAUGACCUUCUCUUGCUUUGUAAUGUAUGACAUGUUCAAUGCCAUGUCAUGUCGCUCUGAAGGCAAGUCAGUCCUGGAGAUUGGCCUCACAACCAACUGGUACUUAUUUAUAGCUUUAACAGCUACCAUAGGCUGUCUGCUUGGUGUGGUCUAUUUGCCUUUUCUGCAGUGGGUGUUCCAGACAGAGGGCCUGCACAUCACUGACUGGAUCUACCUCCUGUGUCUGACCUCCACCGUGCUGCUGGUGUCUGAGCUAAGGAAGUUCCUGGACCGCCGGCAAGAGUACUCCAAGGGCAUCCUCAAGAAAGGCUUCUGGGUGUCAAAAAAAUCAGCCAAGGCAAACUGGAUGGAUGCUGUGUAGUAUCUUUGACUUUUUUUCUGACGUCAGUAGAGACCCUUUUUGUAACAACAGAUGCGAUCAAGGCAUGAUGUGAACGUGAACCAGAGAUUUGGCAGGUCAUUUUGAUAUACUGUUGGCUUGCAUAUGUUUUUUUUUUUAUUAUUAUUAUUAUUAUUCAACUUUACAUUUUCUGCCAUAGAAA